AUGGUCCUGGCAGCAGCCAUGAGCCAGGACGUGGACCCCAGCGGCGCGGAGCAGCCGGACAGAGAUGCCUGCCCCGGGCCUGCGCCCCCCGGCCCGAGAGGGAUGCCGCCGCCGCCGCCCCAAGCCGGCCUGCCCCAGAUCAUCCAAAAUGCCGCCAAGCUCCUGGACAAGAACCCAUUCUCGGUCAGUAACACGAACCCUCUGCUUCCCUCACCUGCCAGCCUCCAGCUGGCUCAGCUGCAAGCCCAGCUCACCCUCCAUCGGCUGAAGUUGGCACACAACACUGCGGCUGCCACAGUCCUGAACCAAGUUCUCUCCAAGGUGGCCAUGUCCCAGCCUCUCUUCAACCAGCUGAGACAUCCAUCCGUGAUCAGUGCCCCCCAUGGCCCUACUGGGGUGCCCCAACAUGCUGCAACCAUACCCAGUACCCGAUUUCCCUCUAAUGCCAUCGCCUUCUCACCUCCCAGCCAGACACGAGGCCCGGGACCUUCCGUGAGCCUUCCCAGUCAGGCCCCCGGUGCCAUGGUGAUGCACCCUUUCAGUGGGGUAAUGCCUCAGACCCCCGCCCAGCCGGCAGUCAUCUUGGGCAUUGGAAAGACUGGCCCCGCACAGGCUGCAGCAGGGUUCUACGAGUAUGGCAAGGCUGGCUCUGGCCAGACAUUCAGCUCCGAGACAGACAGCCAGCCUAGCUUCCUGCCAGCCUCGGCUCCGACCUCCGGGAGUGUCACCUAUGAAGGGCAUUACAGUCACGCAGGGCAGGACGGCCAAACUGCCUUUCCAAAAGACUUCUAUGGACCCAGCUCCCAAGGGUCACAUGGAUUCCCAGCUGAGCAGGCCGGAGCCAUGAAAGGGGAGGUAGGGUCGUUGCUGCAGGGUACAAAUAGCCAAUGGGAGAACCCCCAUGGAUUCUCUGGCCAGGGCAAGCCUGAUCUUACAACAGGUGCCAGCCUGUGGCCGCCACCCCCCAGCCAGCCCUAUGAGCUGUACAACCCCGAGGAACCCACCCCAGACCGGACCCCUCCUUCCUUCGGGGGUCGUCUUAACAACAGCAAACAGGGUUUCGGUGGUGGCGGCCGGCGGCGGGCCAAGGAGGAGCCGGCCAUGCUGUCUGUGCGGCCCCUGCAGGCGCAGGAGCUGAAUGACUUCCACGGUGUGGCUCCGCUUCACCUGCCGCACAUCUGUAGCAUCUGUGACAAGAAGGUGUUUGAUUUGAAGGACUGGGAGCUGCAUGUGAAGGGGAAGCUGCAUGCUCAGAAGUGCCUGGUCUUCUCUGAGAACGCUGGUGUCCGCUGUAUACUGGGUUCGGCAGAGGGACCUCUCUGUGCCUCUCCCAACAGCACAGCUGUUUAUAACCCUGCUGGGAAUGAAGAUUAUGCCUCAAAUCUUGGAACAUUGUAUGCAGCCAUUCCAGCAAGGUCAUUUGCUCAGUCAAAUCCUGCAUUUCCUUCAGCUUCCGCGGGGACAAAUUUUGCACAGCGGAAGGGUGCUGGCCGCGUGGUGCACAUCUGCAAUCUCCCUGAAGGAAGCUGCACUGAGAACGAUGUCAUUAACCUGGGGCUGCCCUUUGGAAAGGUCACUAAUUACAUCCUCAUGAAGUCAACUAAUCAGGCCUUUUUAGAGAUGGCUUACACAGAAGCUGCCCAGGCGAUGGUCCAGUAUUAUCAAGAAAAAUCUGCCGUGAUCAAUGGUGAGAAGGUGCUCAUUCGGAUGUCCAAGAGAUACAAGGAACUGCAGCUGAAGAAACCCGGCAAAACCGUGGCUGCUAUCAUCCAGGACAUCCAUUCCCAGCGGGAGAGGGACAUGUUCCGGGAAGCAGACAGAUACGGCCCAGAAAGACCACGGUCUCGCAGUCCAGUGAGCCGGUCCCUCUCCCCAAGGUCCCACACCCCCAGCUUCACGUCCUGCAGCUCUUCCCACAGUCCUCCAGGCCCCUCCAGGGCUGACUGGGGCAACGGCCGGGACUCCUGGGAGCACUCGCCCUAUGCCAGGAGGGAAGAGGAGCGAGAACCCGCCCCCUGGAGGGAGAAUGGGGAGGACAAGAGGGACAGGAUGGACACAUGGGCACAUGAUCGCAAACACUACCCCCGGCAACUGGACAAAGCCGAGCUGGAAGAGCGCCUGGAAGGAGGGAGGGGCCACCGAGAAAGGUACCCGAGGUCCGGGUCCCCCAACCCUCUGCACUCUGCAUCCAGCUACAAAAGCCGGGAAGACGGCUACUACCGGAAAGAGGCCAAAGCCAAGUUGGACAAGUAUCUAAAACCCCAGCAGGACGCCCCCGGAAGAUCCAGGAAGAAAGACGAGGCCAGGCUGAGGGAAAGCAGACACCCCCUCCCUGAUGACUCAGGCAAGGAAGACGGGCUGGGGCCAAAGGUCACUAGGGUCUCUGAGGGCGCCAAGUCCAAGCAGAGUGAGAAAAAUAAAACCAAGAGACCCGAUAGAGACCAAGAAGGAGCUGAUGAUAGAAAAGAAAGCAGAAUGGCAGAGAAUGAGGCCGGGAAAGAAGAACAGGAGGGUGUGGAAGAAAGUCCCCAGCUGGAGGGCAGACAGGAGAAAGAAACAGAGUCCUCUGAGCCAGAAAACACAAGGACAGCCAAGGAGCGAGACUGGGAGAGUGAAAGUGAGGCAGAGGGGGAGAGCUGGUAUCCCACCAACAUGGAGGAGCUGGUCACAGUGGACGAAGUGGGUGAAGAGGAAGAUUUUAUCAUGGAACCGGACAUCCCAGAGCUGGAAGAAAUUGUGCCCAUUGACCAGAAAGACAAAAUAUGCCCAGAAAUAUGUCCCUGUGUGACAACCACCCUAGAUGUAGACUUGGCCAAGGAUUUCACCAAGGAGGGAGUCAAGACUCUAGGGAACGGGGCUGCAGAAAUCAGCCUCAGGUCGCCCAGAGAACUGCCUUCUGCUUCCCUGAGCCAUCCCAGUGACAUGGACGUGGAAAUGCCUGGCCUAAAUCUGGAUGCUGAGCGGAAGCCAACUGAAUGUGAGACAGGCCACUCACUAGAGGGUUCAGAUUGCUACGAGAAGGAGGCAAAGGGAGUGGAGAGCUCGGAUGUUCGUCUGGUCCCUGCAGUCCAGCAAAUGUCUUCCCCCAAGCCAGCAGAAGAGAGGGCCCAGCAGCCUAGCCCAUUUCUUGAUGACUGCAAGGCCAGAGGGACUCCCGAAGAUGGGGCUGUUGAAGGCAGCCCCUUGGAGGAAAAAGCCAGUCCCCCCGCUGAAACCGACGUCCAAAGCCAGGCUUGCCAAGAAGUGUUGACCCAGGAAAACUCCAGGUACAUGGAAAUGAAAUCUCUGGAUGUGAGGUCACCAGAAUACACGGAAGUGGAGCUGAAACAACCCCUUUCUUUGCCUUCCUGGGAACCAGAGGAUGUGUUCAGUGAACUCAACAUUCCUCUAGGGGUGGAGUUCGUGGUUCCCAGGACGGGGUUCUACUGCAAGCUGUGCGGGCUGUUCUACACAAGUGAGGAGGCGGCGAAGAUGAGCCACUGUCGCAGCGCUGUCCACUACAGGAACUUACAGAAGUACUUGUCCCAGCUGGCUGAUGAGGGGCUGAAGGAGACGGAGGGGGCAGGCAGCCCCAGGCCCGAGGACAGUGGGAUCGUGCCGCACUUUGAAAGGAGAAAGCCCUGAAGCUUCUGCUGCUGCUGCAAAGGGGAGAGGAAUGCUGCAAGGUGGGGCCUUCGCCUCCGGCUGGGGCUUGGGACGGGGCAAGACUAAAGCCGGAGAGGAUGGGAAACCAGGCCGGACAUGUUGCUUGGGGUUCCUCCCAAAGACUCAUAAAAGCAUCCCUGAAGUGUCUCCAGGAGCAAAGGCACCCCGGAGCGUUCAGCCACAGAGGGCCACCAAGCUCCUCCCUGUGGGCUCUUGUCUCUCAAACCGUCUUUCAAUUUGCUUCCCUUUCUUUCCCUCCCACUCCCUCUCUCUCCCUCCUUCUGUCCCAAGGAUUCUUUCCUUUUCAUAAAAGCCAACUUCUCAGGGAUUUUCACAACGUUCAGAUUCUCAAUAGAUAGAACAGGUCAGACCAGGCUGAGACAGGCAAGGCAGAGGUUUAAUGGGAGCUCCUGGGUCAGGAGAACCACCUCAGUGAACCUGCAGCCGUGUCUCUCCCUAGUCUGCAGCGUGGGCAUCUGGGGAAGCUGAGUCACACCUGCCUGCUUGGUGAGGGGCCACUGUAGACCACCUGUUGGGUAGAUGCUGGGAGUGGCUUCUAACUCUUCCUCCAACUCUAGCUUUGUGAAAAGCUCCUGCUUUUAUUUACUUCUUUCUUUAUAUUAUUUUUUAGCCUGUUUUUAAGAGCUCAUUCAUCCCUUUCAGUUAUCUAAGAUGUCCACCAAAUCAAUGCCUUAAGUAAAGUAAAUGAAAUGCAUUCUGUGGAGGAGGAAAAGAGUCCUUCAUUUUGGAAGCUCCAGUAAGUUCCCUCCAAGCUUAUUCUCCUCCUCUUGGUUUCAGGAAAUGUCAGGGUUUGUCCUAUUCUGGACAGUGAAUUGGUAUAGGGUCACUUGAAUUAAAAAUGAAAACCAAAGUGUCUUUUCCUUCCAACUAAAGCAGCCGAUGGUAGGGGCUUAGGUAAAAUGCUGGCCUCUGUACACUGUGUGGCACUGACUUCAGACGCACGGUGACAAGGAAAUGACUUCUGCCUGGCUCUCCCUUGGUGCCUACACUCUGGGCUCCCACGGCCUCGCAGUGGGAUGGCUUCCGAAUGGUUCCUCACUGGGGGAAGAAGCUGAGGACAGAGAAGGCUGUGAGGCUGAAGAGUGACACCUGAGGUUGGUAGAGGGGCUCUUUCCAAUGAGACAGAGGGUGAGGGUUCCUCGGGGUUGACCACAUGUGUAGAUUUCAAUGUCAAAAUGGGAUCCAGAACAGAGCCCGAAUUCUCUACAUUCUUUCUGCGACUAGAGUUCAGUGCCUUGGGGCCCAGACAGGCUGGGUCCCGAGUCUGGUAUCCCAUGGAAGGGCAUGGGACAGAGGGGCUAGGGAAACUGAGGCCCUGCCCAGAGCAUUUCACAAUGCUGUGAUACUUCCCCGAAGGUGCCUUCAUGGCUGAGGCUGUGAAAGUAAGACAGGGACAACGGGGCACUCUCCCUUGACGGGUUCCUGCUCCUAUUCCUGAUCAUGGCAGGUAGGCUGGGGAGAGACUGCAUGCGUAGGGCUUUUUUCCCCCCCGUUUUUAUGGUAGAUAAGAGUACACUGCACCGUCUGUCCUCUGCUCUCGUGAGAGAAGGGCAGAGAGAGGAUCUAGUUUAACACUGAUAUGUUAUCAGUGAGGAAAUCGAGGCCCAGAAAGGAGACAAAUGGAGACCCCCAAAAUGAUCAUGUUGAAACCUUCGGGCCCGUGGUCACUGGGGAGGAGAGCUCUGUUGAGAACCUGUGGGAGAAAGGAGUGAAGGCCAGUACCACAGCCAGACAGACCGGCUUGGACAGAUGUGGUGAGGAGAGGUUGGGAGGAACAAGAGUCCUGAACUCAUCAUCAGACGUCUGAGGGCUCAGACAGGCUGGCCUCUCUGAGCAGAGGCUGCAGAUCGGCACAGCCCGGGCUGCUCCCCGGCCUGAUGACCCAGGGUGUUCCCUGGCGCUCCUGACACCAGCUCCGCUCCUGUUUCUCAGAAAGCCUUUGACCCCGCAUGUCUGGUCUCACCAAAUGGCACCUCACAGGGACAAGCCUACAGUCUGCAUUAGAGGCUGGAACUGUACAUUAUCAGAGAGACCGGAAGCUUUAUCCCUGAGCAGAGUGCAAGGAGAAACCAGCUCCCCGCAUCCCGGCCCCCAGCAGCAUUUCAUGGACAUCUGGAUGGCAGCAUUCCCAAGUCCAAAACAGCUCCCUUUGCUGAUAAGACUCACCUUCUCAUGUUGGAAAGCCAGAGAGAGCCCCUGGGAGGGGGAGAGACGAGGCCGUCUGUAUUCAAUCAGAACCUUCCGUUUAAAAUCACCCAAGAUUCUCUAUGUGUGUGUGUGUGUGUGUGUGUGUAUAUAUAUAUAUAUUUAUUUUUAUUUAUUUUUUUAUAAUUCCAUUGGCAUGGUCUUUCACUGACCCAAUAAUUUGCACUUUUUAUUCCUAUGUAUGUCACACACAGUGCAGUACUAAAGGCAACCGAGAAAAUAUUGAUUUAUUUUUUAAAGCAUUGCUUCAGUGUUUUGUCGACCAUUUCAAGUGUCUCCCUGAAAAGGUUGCUCAAGAACAGUUGCUGCUUUGAACUACAGAGUCGUUUGAACCCUGGGUUAAUGCAACAAAAGGCAACAGGCCAUGUAAUU